AUGCAAGAAUAUGAUCAGGUUUACUAUCCGGUGAUGUUCGCGAGCCGUGCGUUGAAGUCCAACGAAUUAAAUUAUGGGAUCGCAGAGAAAGAGGUGUUGGCAUUGUGGCGGAUCCUGGAUCUCAACUAUAAUACUUUGGUUGAGAGGCCGAUCCGAGUGCUGACGCGACAUUCCACACUAGCUUGGUUAUUUAGAUCCAAUGCACUACAAGGUCGCCUGGGACAGUGGGCCGCGCUACUUUCACCCUGGAACCUCGAGAUCGUCAAGUACAACAAGGGCGAGGACGAGAUCCUGGGCACCUUAGCAGCCAGUAUCACCCCCAGAUCCGAAGUCGACAACUCGAUCGCCCCGAAGAAAGAGCCGAGACGCAAGAUCCAAGCCCCGAUCCCGACAGUGAUAUCGGAUGAGGAUCUAUAUGUCGAUAGCUUUGACGGAUCCACCCGUGUCAAGCGAGGUGGAGGCGCCUACAGCCCGAUCCUGUGGAAAUUACCUGAGUGGACUGUGGUGAAGGCCAGUUCCGGCUAUGCCGAGGGCCUAACUGUCAAUGAGGCCGAAUAUCACGGUCUUUUGUUAUGCCUUGAUCUGUUGGAAGGGACAGAUCCACUACGAUUGGUGAUCUGUGGCGACUCAAACCUGGUGAUCCGCCAAGUUAGAAGUGAGAUCAACUGCAACGCGUCUGGAUUGACAUUAUUAAGACAAAAGGUGUUGGACAGACUGCGGAUCCGGUCGGAUCAUCAGUUGGUACAUGUGAAGCGGGAUUGGAACGGAAGUGUAGAUAGCCUGGCUAGUGCUGCAUUGCAACGUCAAUGUGGAAUCGAAGUCGAAACCGAUAGCGAGAUUCAGGGUCUGAUCACCUUGAACCGACUGGAUGAGAUAUUGGUGGUGAAAUACGAGGAUCCGGCAGUGCAGAUCUCGGCCAUCGAAGGCCAGAUCCGGCGUGAGAUCGGGAUCCAAGCCCCCGGUGUUGGCGAAGAAGUGAUCAGAGAGCUCAGGAUCGAGCGGAUCCGGCAGGCACAGGACGAGGAGGCGUGGAUCCACAAUUUGAAGAAGUACCUGAUUGGCGAGAUACGCGAUCUGACACAGGAAGAGGCUAGAUGUUGCGGAUCCAUCACUAUGAAUUAUGAAGUGGAUCACCACGAUCUCCUUUUCUAUUGCCCCACUACAAAGGAAUCGUCUGCGGAUCGGGACAAAUUGAUGCGACUGGUAUUACCUGAGACGUUGCACCAAGAUGUCCUACACGAUUAUCAUACCAGCCUCCAAGGUGGGCAUCAGGGGAUUGACCGUACCUACGAUCGUUUCCGGAAUCAUUUUCGCUGGAGAGGACUGUACCGAAGCGUGCAAUUAUAUGUCGGUGAGUGUGUGGAUUGUGAGACUGGAAAAGGGCGACCCCGGAUCCAGGGCAAAUCGCCGUGUAACCUUUAA